CCAUAUCAACAUCAAAAGAUACACAUUCAAAAAGUGGCAACAAGACAACAGCAUUAAAAGAGAUAAAGUGUUAUAGUUCCAACUUUUGUCUUGUUAUUAAUGUAGCAAAAGAAAGAAGACAAAAAUCUAAAAUGCUCGAAGACAUAGGAUAA